AUGGCGCCCGAUCCCGCGCCGUCGGGGUCCGACGACGCCGUCGACGCCGUGGCGCGCUCUCCGAACGACGCGAACGUGCCGCUUCGGCAGCGCGCGGCCGCCGCCGGCGUCGCCGCGUUCGUCUCCGCGGUCGUCGUCAAUCCCCUCGACGUCGUCAAGACGCGCAUCCAAGCGCAGUCGUUCGCGGGGACGUCCACGGCGCGAUGCGGCGUCGCCGGCGCCGGCGCCGGCGCGUCUUCCUCGUCGUACCGCGCGCUCGCGCUCGCGUCCGCCGCGACAUCCGCCGCGACGACCAGGGCGGCGUGCGCGCCCGAGUGCAACGUGUAUCACUCCUCGUUAGACGUCGUCCGUAAGAUCGCCCGGAAGGAGGGGCUCGCGACGCUCUGGCGCGGCACCUCCACCGCGCUCCUCAUCGCGGUCCCCACCGUCGGGAUCUACCUCCCCGUGUACGACCUGUGUCUGGAGGAGCUUCGACGCGUUACUCGCGAGUUUGGGUGGGGGCGCGGCGCGGAGGGCGCGGCGCCGUUGAUCGCGGGGGCGACGAGCAGGACGCUCGCGGUGCUGUGCGUGGCGCCGUUGGAUCUCGUCCGGACGCGGCUGAUGGCGUAUCGGGGCGACGAAGUCCUUAUGGAACGGCGUUCACCACGCGAACGCGGUCGUAUGGGAACCAGUCACGACGGCGGCGGCGGGGGGGGAGGAGGAGGAGGACGAUCAGGGGGCGUGUGGGCCGGGCUGGCCGCCGCGGGAAGAGGAAACGGCGGCGGCGGCGGGGGAAGGGCCAGCAACGGCGAGCGCGCGCGCGCGGCGGCGGCGGCGACGGGGAGGCUGUGGACCGGCGUCCUCCCGACGCUCGCGAGGGACGUGCCGUACAGCGCGAUGUAUUGGUUCGCGUUGGAGCACUUGCGGGACGCGGCGACGGCGGCGGCGGCGCGGUCGCGGACGGGGACGGGGACGGGGACGGGGACGGGCGCGGAUUCCGGCGCGGAUUCCGGCGCUUCGCCGCCGCCGCCGACGCGACGAGAGACGCUCGGGAUUAACUUCUUCAGCGGCGCGAUCGCCGGCGGCGCCGUCGCGGCGCUGACGACGCCGCUGGACGUCGUGAAGACGCGCGUGCAGAUCAGGGACGUGCCGACGCAGGACUUCGCGGGCGGCGUGCGCGGCGGCGGCGGCGGCGGCGCGGGCGGGAAUCGAGGCGUCUUAGCCGAGCUCCUCGCGAUCGCGCGCGCCGGCGGCGCGAAGGAUCUGUUCGCGGGGUGGGCCCCGCGCGCCGCGCGCGCGGGGCCCACGUGCGGGAUCGUCCUCGUCGCGUACGAGAUGGCGAAGAGCAUGUAGCCGGCGCGAACGAACCCGAACCCGAGCGUGGAGAAAGAAAUACCCGU